AUGAAAACAUUGUGGGAGUGCAAAUAUUUCGAACCUAUUUCUUAUGGAGAACUUUUCACAUAUACGACUGACUUAUAUAAACAGAACCUUGCACCAUUUAAAGAUUUGACAUAUGCUCCAAAGUAUUGUGUACAACUGAAGAAGAAAGCAGAGUCAAAAGAAGUAAAUAAAAAUAAGUGUAAGUUCAUUCCUGAGCACGUUUUCUUUGCUGACUUUGAGUGUAGCACAGACGGCUUUCAUAAAGCUUUUAACAUAUGUUAUGACAGUGAAGAUGGUUCAGUGAGUGAAAGCAUUUGGGGUCAGAACUGUGCAACAGAAUUUUUGGAACGACUUCCUGACAAGAGUUUAAUAUAUUUCCAUAACCUCAGCUAUGAUAUAAACUUCAUCUUAAGACACAUGACAGAAGUGAAAGGAACUCCCAUCAUUAAAGGUUCACGAACAAUGCAAAUAACUGGCUUAUAUAAAGGAAGGGCAAUUAUUAUAAAAGACUCUUACAGUGUUAUAAAUAAGAAGCUUAAACUAUUUCCUGCUAUGUUUAACUUACAAACAGGACCGAAAGAAGUAUUUCCAUAUAACUACUACAGCAGUACUUUGUUAGCAAAUGACAACAGAACUGGUGUCAUUUCUGAAGCAUGUAAGUUUAUCCGGGAUGCAGAUACAUUCAUGAAAAACAUAGAUUCCAUCAAAGGUUGCAGAAUAGAUGAGAACCACUUCGACUUAGAAAAAUAUAGCACAUUCUAUUGCAAACAAGAUGUAAGAAUUUUAAGAGAAGGUUUUGUAAAGUUCCGCAAUGACUUAUUGAAAGAAUUUGAUUUAAACGUUUAUGACUACGUUAGUAUUUGUUCUAUUGCUAACAAAUUGUUUGAGAACAGAGUGUACUUCCCGAAUGGAAAUCUUUAUGACCUCUCAAAUAAACCAAGAGAAUUUAUUUCGAGAUGCAUUCAAGGUGGAAGAUGUAUGUUGUCAGAUAACAUGAAACAAAAGAGCGAAAAGAAACUCAUUGCUGACUUCGACGCUGUUUCAUUAUAUCCAUCCGCUAUAGCAAGAUUGUAUACUUUAGAAGGAAUUCCAAAA